CCCACCUCCACAACAUUUAAAUGCAAUUGUGAAAUUAAAUCCGUACCCAUUCGGAAGCCAUGUCUACCUUUGGAGCUGAUGUUGACCAGGUUUGGCCAGCGGUCACCGGGGACUCCCAACCACUGACCGAUUUUGGAUGCAAAUUGCUAAAGGAAUGCCGGCAGGUAAAGAAGCCUGUUGCUGGAGACAAUGAGGCGGGAAAGCUUAUGUCCAGAUCCGAGGAGUUUCCUCUGGAGUUCGGCGUAGAAAGCGUCCGCGUGAAGAGACAAUCUCCUCUGCGGCUGAGCAAGAUUAACGAGGAGGUAGCAUCUGUUUAUCCGGUUCUACAUGAACGUACCUUGGGCCUGUAUCUGCAGUACCUCGAGCACAAGUGCCACUGGGGGAACUCCGUGGAGAAGCCUAUUUACCGGGCAUUGUCCCUUUGCGGAUUCGUACAGCGCCUGCUGGAGAAGCGCUGUGCCAGCUUCUUUGCUCGCAACGACAAGUUUCUGCUGCUGAGCCGUGAGACCGGGGCCAGUGGAUUUGAAUCCGUGGGUACAUUGUCAGAGAAGGAACCUCUGGUGUUGGCCGAUGUGCUAAGCUAUGACGAUAUCAAGAUGUCUGCCUUGCUCUCCGUGAGCUCUCAUACGGAGUUCAUCAACGAGGGCGAACGAAGCAACUGCGGCCGCGUAGAUCGGGACUCCAAGACUUUGGAGCGGAGCGGGGUCAUAGUGGGCAUGAUUGGAGCCCGGUUGUCGCGGCGCAAUCUCAUGGAAUUCCAGGACAUUGUCAUCGCACGCCAGCAGAACUCGCGACAAAAUGGUUACGGGAUGGCUUUGGAUGAGCCGGUUAGAACGCGGGAGGAGGACUACCGGCGUCUGUGGCGCGGGUUUUAUGCCACUAGAGAUCUCAUCCAUGGCGAGGCUGUCAUCAACAACAAGCGAUUCGGACCCUCGCGGAAUAAGCAAGACGUCUUUGACAAUCUGGUGAUGAAGCGGCGGUACGCCAUCAGCUUCGACAUGCUGCUGCUGGAGGGGCAAGCAAGAGCAGAGCGUGUCAAAAAGUUGGCCUACAUCCAUGUGGUGGGCUUUGGCCUAGGCGUGUGGAAGGCUGCUGCUCAGCAGGAGCGCAUCUUCUUGGAGACCUUCGAACAACGCAUGCGCACGCUGGGCAACAGGCUCAGAAACGUAGGCCUCGUACACUUCUCCUGGUUUUCGAUCACCGAUUGCGGCGGUCUGCGCAACGGUUCGCUUGUAGAGAUCCCUGGCCAUCCUGAAGACGGCAUCAGGGUGCUCAUAUCCAAACGCAAUCCGGCACAGAAGUUGACUGAACCUGAGCAUGUCGGAAUGCUGCUAGUUGUGUCCUAUGCUUGGGAUGGCAACGCACUGCCGGGUAAUGAAUUCUGGAUGAAAAUGCUAAAAUCGACAGGCGACUCCUCUACGGCUUGCUCCACUUUGGUAGCCGAACUGCACAAUCCGUAUAUCAACACGGAGUUCUGCAAUGGUAACAACCUGCACAUCGCCUCUCCGGAGCACGGCGUGCUACAUAUAGCAGAAUAUGCCCGGCGGGUGAUCCGAGGCGAGAGUGACGGCUGAUGAUACGUGGAUCUCUGCUAGCUAUCUAAUCUUAUCUAAUCGUGAAUGCCUAGCUACUGUUUUAUUCCACACUUGCUGUAGGUCAAUUCCAUGACCUUUUGACGGAAGCAUGACAGCUUCUUCUAAUACUAGGGAUCUAUUAUUAUAUUUUCGUUUUUUCAACAGGAAACUUUGAUUUAAUCAAAGAAUUUUCAUCUAGUUUUUCACUAUCUUUAAGUUGAGCCACGAAAAUGCCUUCUGAAGAGCAGGAUAAGAGGAUCGUCACCUUGAUUUGACCUUUGUAGAGUUCUUAAAACCAAAGUAAAGUAAAUUAAAGGUUGGUUUAACCAGUUUUAUGUUUGUAAAAAGUGUAAAUACAUUAUAAAUGCUAUGCCA